CAAACGGUUUCGACCGAUCACUAGAGGAUAUCCUGGUCGCGCGGACCCCCACAAAUAACGUAGGGACAUCACCUAAUGCUUCUCUCCCCCACCCGUUUUUUCUUCCCCCUCUCCUCACCUCUCCUCUCGAUCGCCUCCGCUGCCACCCUCCACCAUUCUCAUUCCCCCACCCCUCCCCCCUCGCGAGCCAUGGCUGCCGCCGCCGCUGUAAGGUCCGUGGCGAUCUCGCUCUUCGUCGUCGCCCUCGCCGUGGCAGCGUUCGCCUGGUCCCCGUCGUCGCUGGCGGGCGGCGCCAGCCACCACCUGCGGCUGGAGGAGGUGGCCAGCGCCGCCGGCGCCGGCGCGGCGGGGCAUGGCAGCAUGUCGGCGGCCGCCGGGAAGGACGGUGGCGCCAGCGCGGCGGCGCAUGGUAGCGCGCCGGCGGCCGCCGGGAUAGACAAGAACGGGUACCUCAGCUUCUUCGCCGCCAUGCGCCGCGACAGCGUGCCGUGCACCCGCAAAGGCGCCAGCUACUACAACUGCGUCCCCGGCGCGCCGCCCAGCCCGUACAACCGCAGCUGCGAGCACAUCACCCGCUGCCACGGCUGAUCGAUCACACCAUCGCCCCUCCUCCUCCUCCGCCGCCGCCGCCGCCGCCGCUGCCGGUGCCGGCGCCGGCGAUGAUGAUUCGCUUUGUUUCUUUGACGACGACGACGAUGUGCACGCAUAUGCAUAUGCGUGCUAGCGUUUUGUCGAUGGAUCGAUCGAUCACCAGGUUAAUUAAAUAAAAAUGACAUGAAAUAAGGUGUGUGUGUGUUUGUUCUCGUGUUGUUGCCGUGCCACUGCGUUCUCUUAUUAUUAUCCAUGUCUACUGUCUCAUUGUAUUAGCUACUACUGUUGUCCAUUUGUUUCUUUUGAUUAAUUAAUUUGCUGCUAAUGAUGCAGCUAUUGUAUUUGGGAUUUUUGUCCCUGUAAGGUUUUGUUUGUUUAAUCCCUUCUACAAGAGGAUCGAGGGGGAUUUGGACAGGACUUAUUUCACAACUAUUGUAUGGUGUGGAAUUAUUCUCCUUCAAUCCCCUCCAUUCUCCUUUUCUUGAGGAUUAAAUGAACAAGGUCUAAAUUAAGCCGAUUUCAUCUUGUUGCUUAAUUUGC